AUGGCCGAUCCAUUGUCGUUGACGGCGAGCAUUAUCACUGUGCUCGGGGUUGCGGGCGCUACGGCGGCAGCUGUGCAGAAGGUCCAGGAGUUCAGGAAUGCGCCUCUCGACGUGAUUGCGCUGGGAAAUGAGAUCACCGACGUUCGCCUGCUUUUCACCGUGAUCGAGAAUACGAUUGAGUUGAAGACAUUCAAGACGACCAGCAUCGAGACGAGCGUUGGUCUGCUGGCAUUGCUUGAGCGAGCUCGUGACUUGCUUGAGCAGAUCCAGCUCAUCCACCAGCGGAUCCUUCCUCCUGGCCCGGUUGGCAAGCAAAAUGGCGACAAGCCCAAGAUCUCAAGGAGGCUUUGGGUCAAGGAGAGGAAGAACGUUGUCAUGCUCCUGAAGCAUCUUCGCCAGACAAGACAGAACCUUCAGACAGCCAUAUCGUCCGUUACAUGCCAUCAAACGAGCGCAAUCCCCGAAGCACACAUGACAAUCCAGACAUCGCUAGAUGACCUCAAGACAAGCUUUGCUGCACGCUUUGACGAAUUCAAAGCCGAGUUAGUCAAUCUCCAGAAGCCGCAGAUUCAGAAUGAGGCCGACGCCGACCCGUCACUGGAGAAGACUCCUCAUCUCAAUAGACAGAGUAGCUUUUCCAGUUCCGCGUCGACGCUGAUUGGAAUAACUGGUUGUCAAUCUGUGACCAAGUGUCAGACGACGUGCCCUUGCAACUGCCACGUUCGAACGGCAAUUCGGUCGCCAACCUGGGUGAGAGGUGUUCUUGGCUCUCUAUUCCUGAGCUACGCCGGCUCUCCGAUCUCUGGUAGGCCAGAUUGCAACUACAUGCCGUGUCAGCGGAGCAAGAGUGUGGGGACAGCAUACACAUACCACUUCCCCAGCUGGAUGGUUGCCAAGGCUGUUUUCUUUGAGAUGUCCAAGAACGACCUCUUGGGAUACAGUGCCUCGUGGACCCUUCACAUUCCCAAGGUUCUGAGUGAUGGCGACCCCAUUUGGAGGUUCAUCAACUACGGGACCGUGCCUCAAGUCAUCGAAAUUCUAUCCAAGAAGGUUUCGGCGUGUGAUAUGACCGAGAUGGAAGUCUUCUCCUACAUUACCGCCUCGAUGAUGGCAUGCGAGAAGGUCCUCCCGCCGACCGCCUCCAAGGAGCGCAUCGAAAAGCAAGAUCAGCUCCGCCAAGUGUUCCAAGAUGAUGACCUUGCCGAGACGAUGGACUUCCCGCCCUUGACACUGGCCAUUCUUCGCCUUCCCGAAGCCGACUUUGCGACUCACCUCGAUCUCAAUUUUGCCUCAAUCAACAUCCAGGAUACGCUCGGCCGCACACCCCUCAUCUGGGCGACAGCGCUCCGAAAGCCUCUCAUCGCCCAGCUCCUCGUUGACUACGGCGCCGACACAUCCCUUACCGACAAACAUUCGAAAACGGCGUUGCACUGGGCCAUGAUUUCGCAGUCCAAAGACGUCGCAGAAGUUCUCAUCAACGGCGCCGCCAAUCUCGAAGCCAGGGACGUUUUCGGCCGAACGGCCCUGCACGAAGUAGCUAAGGUUGCGCAGAGCGCUGACAUGAUCAACCUCCUCCUGGACUCGGGUGCCGUCCUCGACGCUAAGGAUGCCCGAUAUGAGCGGACGCCGCUUUACCUCGCGACAUACCAUGGCCGCACGGAAAACAUGACCGUGCUUCUAGAUAGGGGAGCGAACAUUGAAGUCGUGGGGCCCAUAAGCGGGCAUACGCCGCUGCUGGCUGCUGUGGCUUACAACCGCUCGGCAAGUGUUGAGCUACUCCUGGGUCGAGGCGCAGACAUGUCAGCCAUUGACAAGGACGGGAGGAACAUCCUGCAUAACGUGGCGAGGUAUGGCUCUGCUGCCAUUAUGCGAGCCAUGACUGCUAUCAUGUCAUUGACCCCUCGUGGCUGUGUUGAUGUUGAGCUGGUGGACCAGAAGGGGCUCACUGCUGAGGAGUACUUCCUGAAGCACAGAAACGAGUACUAUAAUGGUGAAAUUUCAGGAGAGGAGGAGAAAUGCUGGGCUGAACUCAUUCGAGUUGCGCGUGAUUGA